UGUAUAUCCAUCUCAAGUCACGUGGUUCUCAGUUUCCCCAUAUUUUCAGGAGCGGCUAAAUAUGCGACAGCGCUCCCGUUGAACUGCGCAUGCGUCUGUACAGAUAUAUGCCGUUUACUUAACCUUUAAAUACUUACCUACCAAUAUUUUUGAACUUUGUUAUAUUAACAACCUUUUUUAGUGAAAAUUUAAACAUGUCGGUUAAAUGUGAAAUGUGUGGUUUGAUAUUUACACAACAGAAAAAUUUAAAUAGACAUUAUAAAAAUGUGCACAACGCGACUAGUAUAUUAUCUAACAAUUUUGAAACAUUCAUAAAUAAAUGUCUUGAUGGGUGUAAUUGUUCCUUUAAAUAUUUAAAGGAGUUACGUGAACAUUUGAAAAUCAGUCACAAUUUUGAAAUAAUUCAGGAAAUUCAUACCUUCGAGAGUUUCCAAGAUUUUAACGUGUGGCUGAAUGAUAUCAACAAAGACUAUAAUUCUCAAUAUUCUCUGAAGAAAAAGGCAACAAAUGAAGCAGAAGGAUCUACAACUUAUUAUUAUUAUUGCAAUCGUAGUGGUAAAUUAUAUUUACUAAGUGUCUGACAAUGUAAAAUAGAAAAUACACAGUGUGGCAAUAACUCGCAUAUCUACUUAUACAACUCGUACACGACGUUACCACCUUGUAAUUUAUUGUAUAAUAUUUUAUAGGUAUAUAAUUUUACAUUGUCUUCACCUUAAAUUUGAUACUUAUUUUAUUUUUAGGCAUUUACUUACCUAAG